UGGCGUGGAGUAACCGAACGCGCCCCCGCCCAUCCUGUCUGCACCGUCUGUCGAUGACAACGCCGCGGCAACUGGGCCCCGAGGUUGUAGCAGCCGAACGCGCUCCCUGGCGCCCACUCCACGUGGGCUGCUCCUUCCGCGCGAGCGGUGACUUUAAAUACUCGGUGGCAGCCAUGGGUACACAGGAAGAGCUCUCUCACCUCUAUCUGGAGUACACGGGCGCAGCAGGAGGCACAGUCACCCCUCUGCAGACGGCAAUCACCCUCUUCUUGCUGUCCUACUGCCAGGAUGUGUCCGUCAAGGUUCACCUGGUGUCCGAAGAGGAGGGAGCAGCGAUCGACGACACGCCGACCUGGGUGCCGCCCGGCCUCCACGUUACGUCCAUUCGACGCUCGGACCUCCCGCCAAUCGUCCGGCGCUGUCUGCUGCCCGCACUGAUCGAUGACGCCUCGGAUGGGGCGGGUGGCCCGCAGAGCGCCGCUCGCGUUGGCCCGACGGAGAGCGAGUCCGGGCUCCCGGGCGUGCCAGCUGGAGACGGCUCGGCCGAUCCAGGGAAGCGCGCCGGGCCGCCCGCGUCGGAGCGUCCCGGCGCCGAGCUGUGCCGGGCCGGGCUCGCCGUGGUGCUCCGCUUCCUGGUGCAGAGGGCGGCCAGGAGACGAGCGACGCUGCUGCAGCUGCUGGGCUUCCGGCAGACGUGCCUCAAGGCCUGCGCCGAGGUGAGCCAGUGGACUCGUCUCUGCGAGGUCACCUUCCCAGCCGCCGUGCAGUCGCUCGUGGACGCCGUGCAGAGCGGUCCGCAGCCGCCGUGUCGCCGGUCGUCUCUCCCGCAAGAGGUGCUUGAGCUGGAGCGUCGGCUGGGUGAGCCUGUCCGUGUGCACAACGACGACAAAUUACGGCGCGUUAAGCUGCGGGGACGGCAGCAGAAGCAGCAGCAGCGGCAGCAGCAGCAGCAGCAGCAGCAGCAGCAGCAGCAGCAGGAGCCGGCCAUGUGCGGUGAUGCGAGCCAGGAGAGCACGGUGGAGCUGGCGGCCGCUCUGGCGCGGUUGGCGUGCGUGGGGAGCGACGCGAGGCCCGGGCGCGAGGCCCCCAGCGUGCGGCGCGUGGUCACGGCCCAGCUGCCCGCGCUGGAGCACGUCUUCGCAGAGGGCCUCUACUUCACCCUCACGGACCUCGUCCUCUUCCCCUGCGUGCACCUCCUCCUGGCCCAGCUCCUCUCCCCUGGCCAGGCCGAGGUCCUGCGGGCGGUGCCGCUCGUCACGGCGUGGUACGGCCGCGUGAGCGCCGUGCCGGCCGUCAGGCAGGCGGCCGCGGGGGUCGGUCUGCAGCCCCUCGACCUGCCCCCAACGCACGCCACGCCGCUUCCGUCCUCUGCAAGCCCGGGGCCCGCGCGCCCCGUAAACCCCGAGGCCCUGGGUCCCGACAAGGCGGCCCCGCCGGUUGCCUCCGCCGCCGACAGCAGCCGAACAGCUUCCGCGAGUCUUGACAAGCAUUUCAAAGGCGGCCCUCGCCCCACGCUUGAAAAACUCAAGGAAGCGGGCAUCGAAGCGUGUCUGGAUCCCCACCCUUGCUGUCAAAUCACUCUUCCGUGGGGUGACUAUCCCGCGGCUGUGAACCCUGAAGAAGGAGAGCUGUCUGAGGCAAGGGCCCUGCGGAAACGGCAGCAGCUGGAGAACCUCGUGGGCUGCGUUCGCUCCCUGGCCCAGCCGGCACACGUCAUCGUCGACUUCUGCAGCGGAGGGGGCCACCUUGGGAUCGUACUGGCCUACCUGCUGCCCCAGUGCCAAGUUGUGCUGGUGGAGAAUAAGGAGCAGUCGCUGGAGAGGGCCCGGUCUCGGUGCCGGGGCCUGGGCCUCAGCAACGUGUCGCUCUACCAGUGCAAUCUCGACUACUACCAGGGCACCUUUGACAUCGGGGUCGCGCUGCACGCGUGCGGAGUGGCGACGGACAUGGUGCUGGAGCGGUGCGUGCGGGCGCGCGCUGCCUUCGUCGUCAGCCCCUGCUGCUACGGCUUCAUCCAGAACACGGACAAAGUGUCCUUCCCCAAGAGCCAGAUGUUUCACGAGGUGUUAUCCUAUCGGGAGCACAUGGUCUUGUGCAGGUUCGCCGACCAGACCGCACAGCACCUCUCCGCUGACAGACGCAGCACAGGGAAGGCGUGCAUGACGUUGGUCGACCAAGACAGGGCCGCAGCAGCCGCCGAGAGCGGAUUCCACGCGCACGUCCACUCCAUGACUCCAGAGACGUGCUCUCCCAAGAACAGCAUCCUGGUGGGGGUCCCGGACACGCGCUUCCUGGCGGACACGACUAUCCCCCCGCUGCUCCUCUCACACCGGUGUUUGCUGCCAACAAGCUCAGCGCUAGGCCCCCGAGCGUCCAGGGGCAGAGACGCAGGACGGGUGGAAGAGUGGGGCCAGGCUCGACGUGUAAACAGAGCUGAGCUCUUCUUGUGCACAGUUGUGGAAUUUAAGCUGACAAAAAAUGCACACGUACGGGUUUUUAAUUGGAACCGUGCGUGUGAUGCGGCGCAAGUUGGUCACGGCCUCCUGGGACUUUUAUUUUUGAGUCUGAAUUCCAAGAAGUGGUUACAGAUUUUACCCUGAUUAAUUGAACAGUUAUUUUUUCAAAUUCCUAUUAGUUUGUUUGGAUAGAAACAUAUCUUGUUUAUAUUACUUAUGUUUGUAGUUGUCACUUAUUUUACUGUCAUUUAAACUAACUGUUAAGUAAAUGCCUGCGAUGAAUAUACAUGCAUUCAAGCAAAAUAUUGACUUGGUUUCAUUUAUUUUACACUGGCUUCAACGGGACAUGUUUUGCAGCACCUGUUGAGCUGAUAACAAACGAACUUGAUGAGGGACUUCAUGUCUGCCAAUCUGCUCAUAUCAGGGUUGAUGUUGACCCAACAGUAGGAAGACGACAGCAUAUAUUGCCACAUCCACAGUCACUUUUUCAUUAUCAUUUUAUUAUAGAUGAUAGGUAAUUGUAAUUGUUCAAAUGAUAAUAUGAGCAUGAAACUUGGCAUGUGUGUUUCACUGGGUAAUUUUUCAACAAAUAUAUACACAGCCUCUUGAAAUUCCAAAAAGGCCGCUAAUGUUCCAUAUACUGUAAUAUCCUGUUUUGACCCGGACAUCGAUUGGAUUCUCCCAACUCAUACGGACCACGGGUUGCACGCAUCACAUUGCAUAUCAGGCAGGUGACGUGGAGGCAGAGAACUAUCAGCCUGACACCCAAAGUCCUGUUGAUGUGGGGUGGACCAAACAAGGUUUCAUCGUACCUAGACCACUAUUCCAUCUAUUGCGAGAAAUUUCCAACAAGUGACAAAAUGCGUCUGCAAGACAGAAUGUUGUCGACGCUGAAAAUGCCACCACUGCAGUCGCAGUUGUUACACAGCGGCAUGCUGCUGUGAGUGCUGGGCUGCGUAUUGAAUCUCACGAACCUCAUCUGAUGUGCAGACGCCAGUUGUGUUGGAUAGAAAAUAAUAAUAGGUGGUGAAUUUAAUGUAACUGGUGAAUGUAUCUUAUAACGAAGUCUGUCUAGCUGAUGCUGGACUGAAAAGAUUUGGUGGCACGAACAUCCUGAUGAGACGUGAAAGGUACAUUUGAGGAAUUUAUUUCGGCGUAAUUAGUUUAACAAAAUACAAUGAUCCCCCCCCGUAUAGCCUGUAACCGACUGUUGGGGCAAGUGAUGUUCGCGAGCACCUAUGAAGGCCGGCAAAGCACACGAGGGGGCGGGUGGUCAACACAACGCCCGGCCGCCUUUGUCUCCAUCAUGGCGAUGUUUACACAUUGCACCGGGUACUCAUUUGAGGCUGAGUCGACCUAGGGGAGGCCCAGGACCGGCUUCAGAUAAUCGUCACUGGUGUUCUAGCAUGGCCACAGACACAAACAUAGAUGGUUACUCAAAUUGAACAACUGUCAAUUUCAGUAUCGAACGUGGCUAUUUGUGUCAAAAAUAUGACACCUGUCUUGAAAAAUAGCAGCCAUCCUGGAUUUUUCAGGCAGCUUCCGUUGUGUUGACUGGCCCAAUGCAAACGUACAUCUAUCGACAUGUUCACGCUCGUCUCAUUUGAACAGAGUCGUAAUCCCCUGUUAGCCACUCCGCUCCUUACCACUCAGACAUGCGUCGGGUUUGAUGCGGCUAAGAAGACAUGUCUGGCAACGCCAAUGAAGGUGUACAUUGUUAAUGUAGAGCGGCGGUGGCUUCUGUGAUGCUAAACUAGACAGGGUGGGAUCGAGGCGCAUUGGGGGGGGGGGGUGUUUGUUAAAUACACUUGAGCAGAGGAAAUGUUGACUCGGGUCACCCUCAUGUCCCUUGUCCCUGCGUCCACUUACACCACCGCCACUUCUUCCCAUCACCAGGAGCUCUCAUCUCGCCUCAUCUCCCCCUCCUUCAUCUCCUUUUAGCGGCAGCAUAGUUUAGACUCCAUAAGUAAACAGAUGCAGGAGCAAUUAUUCCUUCGCUGCCGUAAAUCCUUCACACGGUGAUGGGUGGG